AUGGGAGAGCAGACUGCGGCGAGCGUCUGGGGUUCCAUCGUGGCAGGCGAGGUUGGUGGUAGGGUCUCUGUGAUGGGCCAAGCUGUGGCGAAACGGUUCCGUGGUCGAGGGUGUGGGUUCUUGGACCUGCAAGCAUCGAGGGAGGCACUGAGCUUUGAUCCUGCUCUUGGGGAACCAUUGGAGAUCAUAGUGGAUGGGGGUGCUCGAGCCGUCCUGAAGCCGGUCCACCUUGGGGAUGUUGUCCGUGUUGAGGGGUUUAUACAGGAAACUCGCCGGCCAGGGGCGAUGGCCGUGCGUUUAGGCAAGGGGUUCCUCACUAAUACGGCGACAGCUCCUCAUGGGGAAUUCGUACCACCGGAGCACCAGGAUCGGGUAUACGACCUGAAGGACCUGCCCUGUCCGCUGGAGAGGGUCUGCAAGUUCUUCGUCAACAAUAACGGGAGAUGCCAUAGGAAGGUCUGUGAUGAUGUUCACAUCCAAAUUUCGGGUCGGGCUAGGAAAGAGUAUAUGGAGAGGAUGCGGGAAUCUAAGUCCGCGGCCUCACAUCACGUCGAUGAUCUAUAUGAGAUGCACGAGAAGGAGAAGCAUGCUAACAGGGCUCGGGUGUUCGCUGAGUGGCUAGUGGAUACGUUUACCUUGGCUGUGCUACAGUCCGGUAGUGGUGUAGUUGAUGUUGCUGGAGGCAAGGGGGAGCUGGCGGUAGAGCUGGCAGCACUGGGUAUACCUGUUACGGUCAUUGACCCACGACAGAACCUUGCCCCGACGAGGAGGUUACGGCAACUCGUGAAUAGAAUGAUGGGUGGUAAGAUGUCGAAGGAGAAAUGUGUGGCCUGGCGACUGGAGCACACACGGCACUUGAAGAUGCUCCUGGACGAUGAAGUAGAUGCUGAAGUUAAGGCAGGCAUUUUCCGUGACUGCAGUGUUGUUGUCGGCAUGCACCCGGACCAGGCUACUGGGUAUGUCCAAUCAGUUGCGAUGGAGUUCGAUAAGCCCUAUGCUAUCGUGCCUUGCUGUGUGUUCUCGGAUGAGUUCACUGACCGUUUUGUUGCUGACCGAGAUGGAGAGCAUGUCCCUGUUAGAACCCACGAGGAGUUGGUCCGAUGGCUCCUGGCUCGUGACCCUCGUAAUGCCGAGGCUGGAUGGCUGAAGUUCCAUGGCAAGAAUAGAGUUGUUUGGUCGCUUUGUACUCUCCCCCCUUCCUGACGUCACACUGUCACUUAGUUCCUCAAUAUCCGUACUCUACGUUUCU